CAAGCAACCUACAAGUUUAUUAGGGAGAGUUUUCCAAUGGGUGCAGCAGAAGAACUUGUUAACCAAAUUGUUUUACAAAAUGAUGUAAUCGAUGACGAAAAUUAUCUAGCUUGUCUUCCAGAUGAAGCGAAAAAGAUAUUGAAAUCAUUGGCGAGUAAAUGGGAGAAUGUAUUGGAUGCGAAUGCAUUGGAAGUUAUUCCUCUGAAAGGAGCGAUGACGAACGAGGUAUUCCAGAUAAAAUGGCAAACAAAAGAAGGAGAAAUGUCAAGAAAGGUUCUUGUUAGAAUCUAUGGCGAAGGUACUGACAUUUUCUUUGAUAGGGAUAACGAGAUUCGAACGUUCGCGUUCAUUUCGAAGAAUGGUCAGGGACCUCGUUUGUUAGGACGGUUUGCUCAAGGUCGCCUCGAAGAGUUCAUCCGCGCUAGGACAUUAUCUGCGCCUGAUAUACGCGAUCCAUCUAUUUCGGCUCUCAUAGCCUCCAAAAUGAAGGAGUUUCAUGAUCUUGACAUGCCUGGUUCCAAGAACGUGUAUCUAUGGGAUCGAUUGCGAAAUUGGCUUAUUGAAGCGAGGCGUUUGUCGUCUCCCGAAGAAAUAGAGACAUUUCGUUUGGACAUAAUGGACAAAGAAAUCUCUUUUCUGGAAAACGAAUUAUCAGUAUCUCCCGAGCGCAUAGGGUUUUGUCACAACGAUUUGCAAUACGGUAACAUAAUGCUCGAUGAAGUAACCGAUUCUCUGACGAUAAUAGAUUAUGAGUAUGCAAGUUAUAAUCCUAUAGCAUAUGAUAUAGCAAACCACUUCACUGAAAUGGCUGCAAAUUAUCAUACAGAAACUCCGCAUGUUCUCGACUUCACCAAAUAUCCCCAUUUGGAGGAACGUCGAAGAUUUGUGCAGACAUAUCUAAGUUCAUCAGGAGAAAAAGCUAGUGACAAUGAAGUGCAACAACUAGUUGAUGAAGUUGAAAAGUAUACACUUGCAAGUCAUCUAUUAUGGGGUCUUUGGGGAAUAAUUUCGGAGCACGUGAACAAAAUUGAUUUUGACUAUAAGGAGUACGCAGAACAAAGAUUUCAAGAGUAUUGGUCAAAGAAAAACAAUCUUUUGAGCCAUGAUAGAUCUUCCAAUGACAAUGUUAGUCUUGGUAAUGGGCAAGAAACAUUGGCAUCAACAUUAAAUGAAAAACGUGGAAAGAGUCAUCGUAUCUCCAAGAAAUUAAAGAAAUAUUUAGGACUUGGUUUUUUCAGAUCAAAACGUUAGAGCAAUGUAUUAUUCAAUUUUCACAUUAAUGAAUGAAAAUGAAAAUAUUCGUAAAA